AUGUCCAUUCUGUUGGCAUCAUUGCUGCUGACAUUGAGCAACUUGCUCUUUCUUCCGAGCAUUUACAUGGCAAUACGUCGACGCUAUUAUACCGAAGGUGUAAUUUACUUCUUUACCAUGUUCUUCUCGAGUUUCUAUCACGCAUGCGACUCGGGUGAGGACGAGUAUAGUUUCUGCCUGGUUAAAAUAGGCGUGUUACAGUUCUGCGAUUUCUAUUGUGGCCUUCUGAGCAUCUGGGUGACGCUUAUUGCCAUGGCCCACAUCCGUCCGCAAUUUGUAUCGCUGCUCCACAUGCUGGGAGCCAUACUACUUGCCUUUGGCACAGAGCUGAACAAGCAAAGUCUUUGGGUGUUCCUGGCGCCAACAUUGAGCGGCAUUUGCGUCAUCUCGACCAGCUGGGGUAUACGGUGUUCGAAGACACGCAAAGUGUUCCCAUCCCGCGUCUAUUUGGCUGUAUUCAUGCCGCUUGGACUAUCUCUUGUUGCCCUCGGUCUGGCCUGCUAUGCUUUCCUGCAGACCAAACAAAACUAUUAUAUUGUCCACUCAGUGUGGCACAUGGUAAUGGCUCUCAGUAUUUUAUGCCUACUACCGUCUCGUAAGUCUUUUAUACCGAAAUGGUAG